UCCUUUUGCCCGUUUUGCUUUAUGGCCAUAGGCUUACCCCAAAACCUUUUUCCUCAUGGCUUGUCGGCCCAAAUCCACGCUACUUUAACCCGCCGUCGUACGCCGCCUCUUUUGCCGGAAUCUCAUGAAUUUUUUCUAACCAGGAGCUUAGAAGAGGGAAAAAUAAAAAUCACUCCUUUCACUACUAAUUUGCAUGCUUAAACUCUCCCCUCAAUUGUAAACUUCGCCUUCUCUUUUUUCUUUAUUCUGCUUCGAGAUUUAGAGGACAAUGUACGUGGUUCCUCCGCCGAAGCGGCCUGAUCCGCUUUCCGGAUCUACUAUUGGGUCCGAUGACGUUCGGGUUUUCCAGACGUGGAAAGGCAGCAACAUAUUUUUCCUUCAAGGGAGGUUUAUAUUUGGACCUGAUGUAAGAUCGCUGGCGCUGACCAUAUUUCUCAUUGUGGCUCCCGUCACAGUUUUCUGUGUUUUUGUUGCUAGAAAGCUGAUGGAUGUCUAUUCAGACCACUUGGGACUACUUAUAAUGAUCAUCGCCAUUGUCUUCACAUUUUAUGUCUUAGUUCUUCUUCUGCUAACCUCUGGAAGAGAUCCUGGUAUAAUUCCUCGUAAUACACACCCUCCUGAACCAGAAACCUACGAAGGGAUUGGAGAAGGCGGGGGGCAGACCCCUCAAUUGAGGUUACCUCGUAUUAAGGAAGUUGAAGUCAAUGGCAUUACUGUUAAGAUCAAAUAUUGUGACACGUGCAUGCUCUACAGACCUCCCCGCUGCUCGCACUGUUCAAUAUGCAAUAAUUGUGUGGAACGAUUUGACCAUCACUGCCCAUGGGUUGGACAGUGCAUUGGACUGAGAAACUACAGAUUUUUCUUCAUGUUUGUGUUCUCGACAACUCUACUCUGUAUAUAUGUUUUUAGUUUCUGCUGGGUUUACAUUACGAGGAUCAUGGAUGCUGAAAUGACCACAAUAUGGAAAGCAAUGAUCAAGACUCCCGCUUCGAUUGUUCUAAUAGUGUAUACUUUCAUAUCAGUGUGGUUUGUGGGCGGUCUUACGGCAUUCCACUUAUAUCUAAUCAGUACAAAUCAGACAACUUACGAGAAUUUCAGAUAUCGGUACGAUCGGCGUGCAAAUCCCUACAACAAAGGAGUAGUGCAGAAUUUUAAGGAGAUAUUUUGCUCUUCGAUUCUGCCAUCUAAGAACAACUUCAGAGCUAAGGUCCCGAGGGAGCCCACUUUACCGCCGGGCCGAUCAGUUGGAGGCGGAUUUGUGAGCCCAAAUAUGGGUAAGGCCAAUGAUGAUAUAGAAAUGGGCCGGAAAGCAGUUUGGGGGGACGUUGGUCCACUAUCAGAUAAUCCAGAGGGCCAAUUCAGUGACAAUGAUGGGCUGAACUUUAAGGAUGGUGGAAUGGGUAACAUAUCUUCUCCUGAGAUAAGGACUACAGUGGAUGAAGGUGACCGAGUUGGAAUUCACCCCCGACGCUCCAGUUGGGGCAGAAAAAGCGGAAGCUGGGAAAUGUCACCUGAAGUGCUCGCCUUGGCAUCAAGAAUGAACGAACAAAACUUAAACGGCGGGGGGAGCAGCAGUGGCAGUAGUUUGAGCACUGCCCGUCCUACAUAGAGUAGGGGACGACAUGGAGUUUUAAUGCUUUUGACAGGCUAUGAUGGCAGUGUAUUUGAUUUGACUACCAUGGAGGAAGAUUUGGCGUGAAGGGAAACAGAAGAGGUCAGGAAAUUUGUCAAAAGUCAUCGCCACUAAUUUGUUGUUUGUGUAAUGUUAUGAUGAUGGAUGGGCUAGAUUUGAAGCAGUUGGGUUGCUGUUGUGGAUAAUGUUACCGCGGGGUGGAUGGUUUCCUGGUUUUGUGUGUGUGUGUGUGUGUGUGUUUCCUGCGGAUGUUGUUGUUGUUGUUGGUGUUGGUAAACUGUACAAGUGUGGGAUUAGUGUAGUAGGUGUUGGUGUGAUGGUUGUUGCUGUGGAAAUCCCUGCCCUGGCCAAAAGGAAUGAAUUUUUAAUAUUGAUGGCUGUAUGUGGGGGAGGGAUGAAUGGGAAAAACAGGAAGAUGAUGUAUGUAUAAGUUAAAAAAGGGAGGGUUAGGGUUUGUGGGUAUUUCGUAAUUUUUUAUUUUAUUUUAUUUUAUUUUUUUUCUUUUUCUAAUGGUUGGGGGGUGGAGCAAGCCACACAGACCUGAUGCUGAAUUCCUCCUGUACAAGAACUAUAAAUGACAAUGUGAUUUCUCUCAAGAGAGUGAGGGGUUUUUCAAUUUGAAGAAGUUAGAAAGUGCAACUGUGAUGUUGUUGUCAGAGGCAUUCUUGUGAGGAAAGAGAUUCUUAUGGCACUACAAAUGUAACUCAAACAUACAAGCAACAAACAUAAGGUAUCAUAAAUGAAGAGAAGAAACUAACGUAGCUCAUGAUUACAACCUUAUAGCUAAGCUUGAGUUGUGCCUAGUACAAAUCCGUCAACAACUCUUUACAUCAAAUGAUGUUGCCUGAAACCACACAACUACGAUGUUGCCUGAAACCACACCUAGAGUAGGCAAUAUAUAUACACAAUAGCUGUCAAACCGACAUUUCUCCCUUCUUUUUAAUUUCCUUUUUUAAUUUUGAGUUCAAAUUCAUUCAUUCAAUCAGGAAGCGGGAGUGUUGGGCUAAUAAUAAUAACGGGAAGUAGGCAUACGGGGUGGUAGGGGAAAACAGAAGUUAGGUGGUUAAAGUUGGG